UGUUGACAAGCAAACGCAAAAAUUUAGUUUUAUUGUGGAAAAAAAUAAAAAUAUUUUUAAAUAAAUAUAAAAGAUUUGUUUUAUUUAACAAAUAUAUGACAAAUUCUAUAUAAGUGAGCACUAAAUAAUUAAACUUUGUUCAAACAGUUUUCAUUAUGGCGGUUAAUGUUUCCACAUCUGCCAGUGUCUGUUUAUAUUGCAAAACAACGUCUGAGAAAGAUGCAGAAAAGGAAUUUCAUGAAAUCUAUGAUGAAGUGGGAGUGGAAUUACAAUUGCCCACAUUGAUUGAAAAGUUUUUCCACAUUAAUGUAAUAAAUGAUAACAAGCAUACUCUAUGUGAUGAUUGUGUUAACCGCUUAAUAGAAUUAUAUGAUUUGGAAGAACACGCCAAAGAGGAAAAACACAAGGUAGAUGAUUUUACAGAAUUGCAAAGUCCCGGGGCCACAAUUGUUGAGCCGGAAGGUAUAAAUAAAGAAAAAAGUGAAGAAGGCUCAAAACAAGUUUAUGAGAAAUUUACCAAGGAGGUGGUAGAUGACCAAUAUAAAUUAAAAUGUACAAAUAAUCUGGAGCAAGAUGAAGCAGAAAUAUUUUUACAAAAUAAAGAAGCUAUUCAUCAUGCAGGUCUUGAAAUUGUGACUGAGCCUAAUGAUACAGCAAAUGUUGAAGAAAAUGAAUACACAGAAGAUGUGGAAGGUGUUAUUAGUAAAGAUAAUUCAGCUAUAUUUACUGACCAAGAUAUUCCUAACAAUAAUGCUGAAAAUUUUACCUCAGAAAAUUUUGAAAUCGGUUUGGACCAAUGCUAUAAUAAUAUAAUAUGUAACAGUCCUGUAAGUGUAACAAACGCAAGUGAACCGGAGUCCAAUGAAGAUAUUGUAUUUGUAGAAGAUCAAGAAGACUUUAAUUCCGAUAUAGAAAAUGAUGAUAACUCAAAUAUAAUUGGCAAUCAAAUUUCCGCAGAAGAACUUGAAGUACUAAAUGAUACUCAAAUACACGCAAUUAUAGAAGAUGAACAAGUAUCUGAGAUAGGAAAUGAAACAUUUGAGAAUAAUUGUAUAUAUAUUGAACAAAGUGAUAUCGAAGAACAUGUCUAUGAAGAUGAAGUAGAAAAUGAAGCUUUAUCGGAUUUUAGUACAAAUAACUCUCAAAACGAAGAGAAUCAGCUGCAACCUAUUGUAGACAUACAAGUUGAGGGAAAUGAACUUGUAUAUUAUGAAGAAGAUUUGUCAUGUGACAAUGAAAAAGAAUGCCUAAAUGAAAUAUUGGAUGAGUUAGAAAAUGAUAAUAUAGAAUUGAAUUCAUUAGAUGUAGAAACAGAAAAUUCAGUAGACAUAAAAACUGAAUCAUUAAAUUCUAAUCAUAAUGAUACUGGAAACAAAAUCAUUUAUAGAGAUGAUAUUGAUGUUGCUAACAUUAUUGAAAAUGAUGAGGAAGAUGUGGAUGAUCCCCAGGACGAUACAUAUUCAAUAGAAGAGGAGUAUUUAAUGGAAGAAAUAAAUUGCUCUCAGGAAUUUGAUUGUGUUGAUGUUAAUGAGUACUUGGAAAAGGUUUUAGUAACAAAAUUUCAAGAUUUACAAUUGGAUUGGAAAGUGGAAUGUAAAUUGUGCCAUGACAAAUACAAUACAUUUCAAGAAGUAUUAAAUCAUGAAUGUAUAACACAAUUCGAAGAGGAACAACAAUUCAGCUGCAUUAUUAAAGAUUGUGGAGAAACUAUGAACAAUUUGCAGAAUUUAUCAAGACAUUUAAUACUACAACAUUAUGAUAAAUUGGAGAGCAUACCCAUUUAUGGCAAAUGUCCAGAUUGUCAGAAAACAUUUUCGAAUUUUAUAGAUUUUAAUAAACACUCUUGUUGUCGUACUAUAAAGAGAAAAACCGGAGCACCUAAUUAUUGUCAAUCUUGUGAUUUGGACUUUCAAUCUUUAAAGAGAUUUGUAUUUCAUAUGCAAUUUCAUUUAACAAACCAUCGGCCAAAGGUUUGUUUAUUAUGUGGCAAAUUAUUUAAUAAUUCCAAUGAUUUCUUUGAACAUACUCAAUAUGAACAUAAUCCAAAUGCUGAUAUGGCUUGCAUAAUCUGUGAUCGCUUCUUUAAGGAAAAAGAUGUGUUUGACAGUCAUAUGGAUUUACACGAAGAUUUAAAAUAUCAAUUUGCCUGUAAAUAUUGUCCCAAAAAGUAUACUAAUAAAUACGGUUUAAAUCUGCACAUGGAUAUUUAUCAUAAUAAAUCCAAGUCCUUAAAAUGUGAUCAUUGUGAAAAAGAAUUUGUUAAUAACUCAUCAUAUCGUAAUCACUUGAAAUCUCAUGCCGCUGAUGUUCAAGUAGAAGCCUUUAUUUGUGCUACAUGUGGUUUAAUGACUAGUAAUUCGGAAUUGAUUAAGGAGCACACUGAAUCAAAUGAAGAAUCGUCUUGUUAUUCUUCCGAAAUUGAAGAGAAAAUAUUGGGUUUGGGUUAUACAUGCGAAAACUGUUCAAUAGAUUUUCAUACAAUUAAACAGCUUCAACAACAUCGUUUAAGUGAUAAACAUAGUGAUGAAUUAUUCCAUUGCGGUGUGUGUCGUCGUGCCUUCAAGACACUACGUCAUAUGCGUAACCAUUCUAUUAGUCAUAAAGAUUACGAAAAAUGGCAGCAAUCAUUUCCAAUAACACGUUAUUUUGUUUGCAAUGUAGGCGAUUGUCAAGAGUUCUAUCCAAUUUGGACCUCAUUAUAUUACCACAAAAAACGUCCGCAUAAAACUAAGGAAAAUAUCGAUAAGCCUCCUACCGAAUUUAAAUGUCAAUUUUGCCAACAGCUAUGCUCUUCGAAAAUGUCAUUGGCCGUCCAUGUAGCUAGGAGUCAUAAUAAUUCUAAUAUUAGUUGUCCUCACUGCAAACAAACAUAUAAAUCUCAAAAGUUGUUACAAGACCACAUUGAUAAAUACCAUGUAUCCAUAAAAUGUAACAUUUGUUUUAAAUCUUUUAAAAAUCGCCGAAACCUAGAUUCUCACAGUAAUUUAGUACACCUUAAUGUAAAGCGGUAUUUUUGUCGAUAUUGCAAUAAGGGCUAUUUCCACAAAAGUGAAAUGGAAAUACACGAGAAGAAAGUUCAUCCUGAAUUUGCAUAUAAAUGUGAAAUUUGCGAUUUUAUAACUAAUUAUGCCCAAUCUUUAGAGAUUCAUAUGGACAAACAUAAUAAUAAGCAGAAAUUUAAAUGUACAAUUUGUAGUAAGGCAUUCGGACGAAAACAACUAUUACAAGUACAUAUGAAAAGGCAUCAAAACAAGAAAGAUUACGUUUGCUCCCAAUAUUUAACUGAAAGCGGCUGUGACGCUGCAUUCUUUACUUACAACCUAUUGAAAAUCCACAUUCAAACUAAACAUAAAAAAGACAGCAACAACAAACGUAAAAUACUAUCAUCCAAAAAAUAUGUUGUAGAAAUUGAAGAUAAAUCUUAUGAAAUAUUUGAUAUUGAUGAAGACAGUAGUAGUACGCAAGUAAAGCGCCCUAGAAUCACCUCUGUAAUGCGCAUAAACAAUGAUGAAUUUGAAGAAGACGCUUUAGAGCUGGCAUUGGAAAAGGAGUUGGAAUCACAAGAGCAGAAAAGUGAUGAUGAAUAUGAAACAAUAUGUGAUUGAUCAUAUACUAUUUACGAAGUAAUUAUCGCUUCUUAAGAUUGAUUUUUACAAAUGUACUACAGAAAUUAUGUUGUAAUAAAUAAAUAUAUACUAAUGAAUUGAAAUUCCGUUAA